AUGGAUGAGAAGAAGAUUAAAGCUAUAUUUGGGGAUCUACUUAAGGAGCACCUAUCCUCAUUUAAGAAAGAAAUUAAUAAAGAACUUGGUGAAUUGAAGAAAUCGGUCCAGUACAUUUCUGACUCAUUCGAUGAGCAGAAGAAGGCUAUUGAGAAGCUGUUUUCGGAAACAAAGCAACUAACAGAAGACAAAGCAGCUAUGACACUGAAAAUACAAGAAUUGGAAAACAGGAUAAAUGAAAUAGAACAACAGAAAAUAGAGAAAAAUAUCAUCAUAGGUGGUAUACCGAAGCAAGAAAAUAAAAGCCUAACUGAAGUUGUGCAACAUGUUGCAAGGUCAAUGCAGAUUGAAAUUAAAGCUGAUUCAAUCUGUGAAACAUACCGCUUAGGUAAGCACGAAAAUGCACCUGUGCUAGUAAAACUAAGUAGCCAUAAAACUAAAAUCGAAUUUUUUCAAAAAGUGAAACAAAUGAAGGGAAUUGACACUCAUGUUUGUGGUCUAAAUGGAAACAGCAAAAUCUACAUAAAUGAAGAUCUGACGCCACAUAUUCAAAAGCUUUUUAAAAAAGCGAUGGAGAUAAAGAAACAAAAAAACUUCUACUCAGUUUUUACCAGAAAUGGUAAAAUAUUACUAAAAAAAACUAGAACUGAGGCUCCGGUGAAGAUUUUGUGUGAGCAGGACUUGAAGCUGUAA